GGCUCUGCUCUCGGGAUGCGCGUAAUCGCUACAGAGACCCUCGAAUGAAAUGGAGAAAUAAAGCGCCAUGCAUCCAAAACAGCUGCGGAUUCUGAUGCUGUCGCCUUAUUCCCGACAUUAAGACCCGUAUCACCGAGUAAUUAGCUGGAGGGAGGGGGAACUAAAAGGAAAGAGGGUCGAUCAUGGGGAACGAAGCGAGCCUGGAAGGCGGCGAAGCUGGAUUACCAGCGGGACUCGCACCUGAUGGGAAGGGUGGCUUCAUCCAGAUGCCCGCAGGGGUGGAGGCAGACCUCAGCAAUCUGUCUGAGGAAGAAAGAAAGCAGCUUGUGGCCGCUAUGGCCAAAGCGCAGUCCAGGCCACCGGAGACUCAAGCUGGGGGUACCAAAGUCCCAGUCGGUCUCAGUAAGAGUCGAACUGUAGAUGCUUUUGGAGAGGGGCCGCCUCCCAAGCCAAAGCCUGGACGCAGCCCCUCCUCCCUCAGCCUCCUUGAGUCACGUUUCCGGCAGGAGCCCAAAGACCCAGAACAACCAAGAACUGGCAUGUUCUCAUCUGGCUUCUUGAGCGGGGCCAACCCCUUGAGUGCGGUCUCUUCUGCUGUCUCCUCUGCCAGCAUCCCAAAGUUUAGUUUGUUUGGCGACGAUGAAGAGGAGGAGUCUGCAAAGCAGGAAGGAAAGCCUCCUGGUCCACAGAGCGGAGUGGGAAAGGGUCCUCCUCAAGGGAGUAAGCCACCUCAGCAGGGUCCCCCUAAAGCCCAGGGACCUCCUCAGCAAGGGCCCAAACCUGAUGGACCAGGACCCCAGCAAGGACCCAAACCUGGGGGACCAGAAGCCAAAAAUCAGGCACAUAAACCUGGAGCACCAGGACCUCAACAGGGACCCAAACCUGGUGGACCUGGACCUCAGCAGCAAGGACCUAAACCUGGUGGACCUGGACUUCAGCAGCAAGGACCUAAACCUGGUGGACCUGGACCUCAGCAGCAAGGACCUAAACCUGGUGGACCUGGACCUCAGCAGCAAGGACCUAAACCGGGCGGACCUGGACCUCAACAGCAAGGACCUAAACCUGGCGGACCUGGACCUCAACAGCAAGGACCUAAACCUGGAGGACCAGGACCUCAACAGCAAGGACCCAAACCUGGAGGACCAGGGCCCCAGCAACAAGGGCCUGGAAAGCCUGGCCCAGGGGUUGCAGGAAAACCCAGUGGACCUCAACAGCAGGGUAAACCUGGGCCAGGUGCUCAAUCAGAAGGGCCUGGUAAAGCUGCACCAGCUCCAGGAAAAGCAAUGUGUCCUCUUUGUAAGUCUACAGAGUUGAAUGUGCAGGCCAAAGACCAGCCACCCAACUACAACACCUGUACUCAGUGCAAACAGCAGGUGUGCAGCCUGUGUGGCUUCAGUCCACCAGAUUCAGCGAGUAAGGAAUGGUUGUGUCUGAACUGUCAGAUGCAACGGGCGAUGGGUGGCAUGGAGCCUCCUGGACCUCCAAUGAUGAAGCAGCCACCCAAGCAGGGCUCAGCACCUCCCUCCCCACAGAGGAAAGAACCACCACCUGGGUCUCCCUCCAAGGUUGAGCCUGGUAAAAAGCCCCCUAUGCUGACCAAACAACAGAGUAUUGCUGAUACAGGGAAGGGAAGUACACCUCCAACAACACCAAAAUCUGGACCACAGCAGGGACCUCAGCCUGGACAACUAGGGGCAAAACGUGGACAGCCUCCACCACUUCAGAAACCUUCACAGAGCCCAAAAGGUAGUCCUCAACCAUCUCCAGCCAAAACAACCCCGAAGCAGGACGGAGGGGGCUUUUUUGGGGGAUUUGGUCUCGGAGGUUUGACGGAGGUAACAAAACCCUCUCCAGCUGCCCAAGCUACAGAGUCCGUCACAGGAAAACUCUUCAGUGGUUUUGGUGGUGGGUCCAAACCUCAGGGGAGCUCUGCAGCUCCGGCCAGUGAGUCCGUUACAGGAAAACUUUUCAGUGGAUUCAGUGGCCUCACAGAGACGGCAAAACCGUCACCAGCAACAUCUCAGGCCGCUGAGAGCGUUUCUGGAAAGAUGUUUGGUUUUGGCUCGUCCAUCCUGAGCUCUGCUACCAAUCUCAUCUCUGGGGAGGAGUCAAAGUCUCCCCCUGAUUCUCCUGCAGGAUCACCCCCUGAUUCCCCCAUUGGGUCAGAUGCAGACUCCCCUGCUGGAUCCCUUCCCGACUCGGGCUCAGAGUCACCUCCGGACACACCGCCAGCUUAUUCCAAAGACCCAGCAUCCCCAAAACCAACACCCGCAGAGAAAAAACCAUCAGCAGACACAUCCCCCCCAAAAUCGACAGACAUAAAGGACUCUCCAACUAAAGUUUCAGGCUCUGAGGCCCAAUCCUGCUGUCCUCUCUGUAAAGUAAAACUGAACGUUGGCUCAGGAGAAGUGAUCAACUACAGCACAUGUACGGAGUGCCAGAAGACUGUGUGCAGCCUGUGUGGAUUCAACCCCACUCCUCAUCUCUCAGAGAAAGAAUGGCUCUGCCUAAACUGCCAGACCCAAAGGGCUCUUUCCGGGCAACUUGGGGAUAUGCCACCUCCACCUUCUCCAUCCAAGCUACCUGCCAAACACGAACCCACCCCUCCCUCCUCCCCAGCUCGUGCUGCAUCGUCCACCCCUUCCUCUCCUGCACCCACUGCCAUCCCUGCCAAAGGGCUAACACGGAUGCCCAGCAUAACUCAGGCCCCAGCUGACAAGUCUGAACCAGUCUCAGCCAAAACCGAUGCUAAAGAGGUCAAAAAUACAGAUGCAGAACAAGGGGUUACAGCAGAGCCAGUACAGAGGAGUACACAGAAUAAUGAAGCUGCCGCUCCAGUAAAAGAGAAUGAGCUACUGAAGGAGCCUAGUGAGAAAGAUAAAGAAAGCAGCCCCACAAGUCCCUCAGACCUGGCCAAGCUUGAAAGCACAGUCCUUCCAAUACUAGAGGCUCAGAAAUCACCUAAAGAGGAAUCAAAAUCUGAAACUCCGAAGGUCAAAAGGCGACUAGAGGUAUUGCCAAUGUCACCUGAACCCAGUUCAGAAGAUGAUCUACAUGGAGAAACUAAAGAGCAAACAAAUAAUGCUCCAAAAAAGGAGCGUAAAAAACUUCUCAUUCCAACUGAUAUCCAAGGAGAUUCUUUUGAGGACAGUAGUGAAGGAGAACGUUCACCUGAACUGCAAAGGGAAAAAACUACUGGAGAUAAAGGAGGAGAAAUUGAGAGUCCUAUGGAUGAAGAGGAUUUCAUAAGGAAACAAAUCAUUGAGAUGAGUGCAGACGAGGAUGCAUCACCCUCUGAUGAGGAAAAUCUUGUCAGACGGAAAAUCAAAGAUCAAGAAAAAAAACAAAUGGAUAAAAACGCAAGGAAAGAUGACAAAGAGAAAAGUGAAUCAGGCAAGACAAGACGUCUUCUCAAAAACACUAGUAUCAGUCCAGAAGAUGAACCUGAGCAGAAAAGUAUUAUCUCUGUAACUAAGAUUGAAGAAUUAAGUAAAGGAGAACAGCCGUCAGCAGACAGUGGAGCUGGCAUUCGACAUUUCAAAACAAUUGAGCUCAACAGUACAGCAACAGUACGUCAGACAUCAGAUGACGGUGAGCCAGAGAGCCUUACAGACUCUCCUGAUGACAGGUCAAGAGGCGAAGGCUCUUCCAGUUUGCAUGCAUCCAGUUUUACCCCUGGAACAUCUCCAACAUCUUUGUCUUCUCUUGAUGAAGAUAGUGACAGCAGCAGCCCAAGUCAUGUUCGAUCCAGUGGUGAGGGCAAACAGCAGAGGAAAGCAAAACACAGGCAGCCAGGUCAGAUGCUUCCUACCAUUGAGGAUUCAUCAGAGGAAGAGGAGUUGCGAGAAGAAGAGGAGCUUCUGAGAGAACAGGAGAAGCAAAAGGGCUCAGGAAAAAAGUCAAAGAAAGACAAAGAAGAGAUAAGGGCACAGAGAAGGAGAGAAAGACCUAAAACUCCUCCAAGUAAUCUCUCACCAAUUGAGGAUGCUUCUCCCACAGAAGAGCUAAGACAGGAAGCAGAAAUGGAGGAAUUCCGCAGGUCUUCCUGCUCAGACCUCUCCCCAAGCAUAGAUUCAGAACCAGAGAGUUUUGAAAUACUCCCUGAGAAAAUUGUUGCUGUUCAAAAAGUUUAUCAAUUACCAACAUCAGUCUCGCUGUAUUCUCCAACAGAUGAGCAACAUGCUGAUAAUCUGUCCAAAGAAAAGGGAAAGCAAUCAUUAAAAACGGCAGAAGAGGCAUAUGAAGAGAUUAUGCUUAAAGCCAAAUCUCCUACUAAUGAGGGAAAGGAAUCUCCACCUGGUAAAGAAUCUCUGUAUGGGGGCAUGCUAAUAGAAGAUUAUGCCUAUGAGUCUCUUGUUGAUGAUGCAUCCUGUGAGCAGGAACCAGAAAAGCUUCAUGUGUCAGAGAAACCAAAAAAGCCUCUAAGAUCUCCUGAUGAGGUUUAUGAGGACAUGAUGCAAAGAAAAGAGAUUAUGAUUAAGAAACGGGAGCUAAAACAUGAUAAGCCAAUAGAAGAUGUUCCUAAACCUGAAACAGAGUUGGUUGAUACUGUUUCAAGCAAAGAGACUGUUUCAUCAAGCAUAACAGGCCAGUCUGGGAAGGAUGGAAGGCCAUUGUUAGAUGCAGAGGCAGCCUAUGAAGAACUUAUGAAAAAGAAAAAAGCUGUGCUGACUCCAGGAACAAGCCCAACUCAAGCAGGCCCUGAUCUCAGUGGCAUCACACAAGGGACAACUGAAGUUCAAGUUGAGAAAACAGAUACAACACCUGUACGGCGAAUACUGCCCAUACCUGAUCUGAGAGUGACACAGUGCUCAUCGGGUGAAGAGGAAUCCGGUGAAGAAAACUUUGCAGAUCAAACACAAGAUUCUGAGAAACCUACAGUGUCAACUACAAAGACUGCAUCAGAAUCACCUGUGGAUGAGGCUGCCCAGAAAACAUCAGCCUCAGAGCCAGUUGCAGAUGAUUUGUCACUACAAAGAGAAGUAAUAUCAUCUGUAGUAUCAAGUGACUCAAAAGAUUCCACAGAAAAAGAUGUAGGAAAUGAACAGGCAGGUGUUGUUGACUUGUCCAAGUCAUCAACCCCUAGUCAAAUUGACACUUUUACAGCAUCAGCCCCCAGUGAAAUUUCAGGACAAUCUGUCCCCGUAGUUGUAAGUGUAUCACCCUUGUCCACUGUACCACAAUAUGUAGUAUCUUCUGUACCUUCUGUUGUAUCAACUGCUCCACCGGUUCCUCCCAAACCUGUAGUACUACGCAGAGCUGCAUCUCUGGAAAAAGCAGAAAUUCCAGUUCCUCCUCCCCUUCCUCCCCCAACACUUCCUAAACCAUCUGUGUAUCCCAAAAAGACUCCACCACAAGUCCCCCCAAGAACUACUCCAGUUGGCAUGCCAACUACAGGAGACAGUGUACCAGUAAGACAGCCUGUAGGUCAAGGCUACAAGCCCCAUGUUCCCCCUCCUGUACCACCAAAGCCAUCCUCUAUCCCUGCAGGCCUAAACUUCAGUCACAAGCAAGGAGAAAGUUUUAAACCUCCCAUAGCUCCCAAACCCAUGGCCGGUGCACAGCCAUCCUUUACAGCCCACACUCCCACAAGACCUACAAUACUUACUACAAGCAGUGCAGACAAUGUCCUUAACCUGAGUCCUUCUGCUGAGAGUAGGACAGGGACCACAUCUCCCCUCAAGUCCCCUACAUCACCCAGGUUUGGAAAAGUUUUGCGUGACACAUAUGUUGUUAUUACUUUGCCAUCUCAGCCCAGUUCACCUACAGAAGGUAUCACAACCCAAGCAUCAAUAAGUCCUAGCCAAGAAUCACAUCAAAAACUGCCUCCUUCACCACCUCAACCAACUCAACAGUCACAAACAACUAGAGUACCCCUGGCAUUCACACGAAUAACUGAAUCUAUUGAAAGUCAAGAAAUUUGUGGUCCAGAGAAAGUAGUUUCUAGCAUGAGUCAUGUCUAUGAGGCUAUUUCAGCCUCAACACAGCCUCAAUCGGUUAUUCCAAAUGUUGGUGUUCAGGUAGUUACCACCGAAGUCCAAAGAACCACAGUCUCUGUUGUUCAUGAAAGAACACCACCUCCACAUCCCAUGCCAAGAGCCACUGGCAUUUCUGUUGUUCAAGAAACUACUAAACCUGAAGCAAUUCAAAUACAGAAUGGUCAUGCCUAUCAUCCUGGUGAAGUAGUGGAUCUCCGAACCCCAAAAAUAGAUGCAGUGACAUCCAUGAAAGGUAUAGAUCUGUCUUCCUCUGAAUCAAGACGACAGUCUCUUGCUGUUGAUGGUGGUGGACGUCAACAAAGUGCUGUGCAGUCAUCUGUAGUGAACCUAAGUACUGACACUUCCUCAGUUUCAGUGGUUACUGACAACAUUACAAUCCUCACGUGCACAGCCACUGUAGCUUACGGUAGUGAUGCAUCUCUGGCUACAUCAGUGCCUCUCCAACUUACAACAGCGAAAUCGUUUGAGCCUGUGUCUCAAAUUAUUUACAGACCUGUUGAUUCUCAACCAGAGAAACCCAUAAAUCUCUCUACAACCAUGGGUAAAACUCACUCUCUUCCUGUAACAAUAGCUCCUACAAUUGCAAACAAUGGCAUUAGUGCAGCUAUACCUCCUCGACUAGAAACAGGCUUAUCAGGUGCAGUUGACCUUACCACAGUGAAACCUGCACAGACCAUGGUUGCAAUGAAUGGGGCCACUGCAGAGGUGGUCACUGCUGUAAUUACAGAGGAUGAUGGAAAACCAGUUGAUCUUACAGGUGGAAGAAGAGCAGUCUGCUGUGAUGUUGUCUAUAAGCUUCCUUUUGCAAGCAGCUGUGCUACUCAGCAGCCCUCAGCUCCAUUACCAGAGGAUCGCUUUGGCUACAGAGAUGAUCAUUAUCAAUAUGAUCGUUCUCCUUAUGGUAUGAGAGGUCUUGGUGGCAUUAAACCCUCAAUGUCUGACACAAAUUUGGCAGAGGCUGGUCUUUUUCUAUACAAAAGUAAGCAUAGCUAUGAUUACAAGGAUGCCACUGAAGGUGCUGUAGACCUGACUUCUGGAAAAAUUUCUGUGGGAGGUGAAGCUGUGGACUAUUCAAGCAAAACUACAGGAGUGUGCACUGGAAUGACAGUUCCACAGUAUACACAAGCCAGAAUUACUUCAGCAGUUGGAACCCACUAUGGGGUGUCUAGCGUCCUGAGAUCUUCCAAUGGUAUUGUUUAUUCUUCUGUAGCAGCACCAGUACCUUCUACCUAUGCCAUAACUACCCAGCCUGGAUCUAUCUUCAGCACAUCCUAUAAUACUCUAUCAGGCAUGCACACAAGUGAUACUAUGCCUUCAUUGUCAAAUCUGCAAAAUCAACCACUCACUAGAUCCCAUAGUUUUCUUUCAACUAUUGCUUUAACCACAGCAGAAGGGCAAAUUGACCUACCCUUAAAUCUGGAGACUAAUGUUUCAAGGGCUGGCCUUUCCUCAACUCUCUCUGAUGAGGUUUCUACAGUUACCACUGUGACAGGACUAGAUACAUACACAAAUGCUUCACUUGAUGCAAUUGCAGCAUCUUUAGAAGCUCUGUCUUCACCUAUGGUUCCAGGAGAUGGACAGUACCAAAUGGAGCGUGAGUUUCUUGAGCUUGAAAAGAUAAAGCAGCAGCGCUUAGCUGAAGAACUUGAGUGGGAGAGGCAGGAAAUACAGCGUUUCCGUGAGCAGGAGCAGCUUCUUGUGCAAAAGGAGCUAGAAGAACUUCAGGCCAUGAAACAGCAAAUACUGUGUCAACAAGAUGAAGAGAGACAAGCCCACCUAAUGAUGCAAAAGGAAACUUAUGCUCAGCAACAAGAACAAUUAGAGCAGAUUCAAAGACUCCAGGAGCAGCUCAGGCAACAGUUGGAGGAACAGAAGUUCAGGCAAAUGUAUCCAGGUGAAGUCUUGCCAGAGGCUCUUGUUGUCACAGGAGAAAGAAAAAUGGACAGUGGCUGCCAGACUGAUGAAGAGGAUAAUACUGAAAAGGCCUACACUGCAGGAAGAAAGAAGAAAACUACCAAGAAAAGUGUUGAUAGCUGUGUACAGACAGAUGAUGAAGACCAGGAUGAGUGGGAAGUUCCUGCUCGAGGCAGGCGCAGUAGACCACGUGGUGGUAAAAAUUGCAUGGGUGAGAGAGGUGCUGUUUCAGUUCAAGCCCUAACAGAGAUUUCAGUACAAACAGACUCUGGAACACUAAGAGGGCACUCUGUGCAGGUAGAUGCUAGAGUAGAUUAUCCUGACUCUGAUAGAACAUCAUCUCCAAAGAGACGCCCCACUCCACUUGAUAUUGGCCAAUCCCCUCUCCUCAAAGCAGAUGCAUCCACUCUUCAGGUUGCUCCAGGUCCUCCAAAAUCCCCAAAAGUACUGUACUCUCCAAUUUCCCCUUGCGUUUCCCCUAGUAAAUCCCUUGAGUAUUUGUCCUAUGAGAAACCCCUUGGAGACACAAGCCCACAGAGAAUACGUUCUGUCACAGAUUUAUCCAAAGGUCCACCAACAAGUCCUAGGGCUCCCAAGGUCAUACAGAGGUCAAUGUCUGACCCCAAACCCAUGAGUCCAACUGCAGAAGAGAGGGCAGCAGCAAAUUUCCAGUACUCUGAGAGUUACUCUGCAAAAGGAUCUCCAAGUGGAACUCCAUCUGGCACCCAAAAGAAAGUUAAGAGAACGCUCCCUAACCCACCUUCAGAGGAAGAAGCAGCAAAUGCUGGUCAAGCAGCCUAUAGCACUGGCUCAGCUCGUCGCCGUCUUUGCCGGAGCACUAACAUGGCACGUGCAAAAAUCCUACAAGACAUAGACCGUGAGCUAGAUCUGGUUGAAAGGGAGUCUUCCAAACUGCGUAAAAAGCAAGCUGAACUGGAUGAGGAAGAAAAGGAGAUUGAUGCCAAGCUGCGAUACCUGGAAAUGGGCAUUAACCGACGAAAGGACGCAUUGCUUAAAGAAAGGGAGAAAAGGGAAAGGGCCUAUCUGCAGAGUGUUGCAGAGGACCGUGACUACAUGUCUGACAGUGAGGUGAGUAACAUUCGUGAGACAAGAGGUGGAGAGGAUAUCAGUGGACAUGGGCUUGAGAGACCACGUACUGCACCCCAGUCAGAACUUGAUGAGUUUGUUCCUCCACAGACCAAGCAUGACCAGUAUGGAAAAUAUUCCCAGUACCAGUACUCUCAGUACCAGCAGUCCCUAUACCAGCCUCAGUCCCCAUACCAAUCCCAGUCCAUUUACUCUUCUGUUCCAUCUCUGACUGCCUCACAACAACAGAGCUACCACCAAAUGCUCUUGCUCCAGCAGAAAGCCAGACAACAAGCUGCUCUCCUCUCUGAAUUAGAUUCUACAAAAAUUGCAUCCAGCUAUGACACCUCAUCUUACUUGGGAGGAAAAUACAGCAACCACCUUGACUUACAUAGCUUAGAAGACCGUACUGGCAGCAUGGCAGUCAGUCCAAUGUCCAAUGUUUCUGCUGACUCCUUCUAUUCAGACUUAGAUCAACAUCAAACACCAAGAAGCUACAUGCUUUUAGAAGAUGCAGCAGAACUUGCAAAAAGCACUGGUAGUCUUUCAUCCACCAGUUAUGGCAUUGCUGAAAGGGAACUGGCCAAAGCAGAGCGUCUUCUGAGACAUGCUGCUGCAGAUGUCAGUUCAGACUACCUGGGCAGCUCUUCCAGGCUCCAUUCCUAUGGUAAGGCCCAAGAUGAAGAGGACCCAAUGGAAGAGCCAUUUGAACUGAAGCUUUUAAAACAGCAACUGAAACAGGAGUUCAGGAGAAGCACAGGGGGCACUGAAAGCUUAGAGCAGCUUGCUGGACUUUCACAUCACUAUACCCCCAGCACUGGGGUGUCUAGUGGAGGCUACAGAGCUUUCCCUAAAACUGAGAAAUAUAGUAUUAGUAGACUGACCUUAGAGAAGCAGGCUGCCAAGCAACUCCCAACAUCUAUGCUUUACCAGAAACACAAAAACACCAGCAACAUUGGCAAGUACUCCUCAAUGCAGGAUAGCAGGGGUCUAGAAACAGACUAUAGUAGUUACCUAGGGUCCAGUAGUUCUUCUCCCAGGUCAAGCAGACUUAUGCAGGAUGAGAUCACCUUUGGGUUGCGGAAAAAUAUUGCAGAACAACAGAAAUACCUGGGUUCCACACUUGGGGCCAAUUUGGCAGGUUCACUUAAUCUGGGUCAAAGCCUAAAUCUGAAUGCAGGAAUGAGGUCCUCUUUAGGAGAAGACUCUUCUUAUCCUAGUGGAAGCAGGUCUCGUCCUUCUUCUAGACCUUCAUCUGUGUAUGGGCUUGACCUGUCCAUUAAACGAGACCUCUCAAGUUCUUCUCUGAGGCUCAAAGCAGAAGGUGAAGCCUCUUCAGAGACCUCAGCAUUCCAGACUCCAUCCGGCAGGUCAAAGCCUACAAGCCUGCCCAUUGUACAAAGUGGGCGUGGACGUAUCCCUAUUGUGGCACAGAAUUCAGAGGAAGAGAGCCCACUGAGUCCAGUUGGUCAGCCAAUGGGUAUGGCACGGGCAUCUGCGGGUCCGCUCCCACCCAUAUCUGCAGACUCGCGUGAUCAGUUUGGGUCAUGCAUGUCCCUACAAGACUCUCAACAGCAACAUCUCAGAGAAGAUCCUUUAAGAGGACGUGGCUAUGUGCUAAUGGAUGAUCUGCAGGGCACCAUGUCUGAUAGUGAAGCACUAAGUGAAUCCCUGGUGGGUUUGAGCAGAGACGAUCCAGGAAACUCACAUGAGAAUGUCACAAACGCAUACCACCUGCGUCGAGAAGAAACCGACUGGUUUGAUAAACCAAGAGACGGACGUGCUGAAAACGGACAAGGGAUGGACAGAAGACAGGGAAAGUUUCACUACCCAUUUCCUCAUGCCAGAAUAAAACUACAGAGGGAUCCCAAAGAUCGUAGUGUAUCAGGAAAUGGACUGGGAAUUCGAGUGGUUGGAGGGAAAGAGGUCCCAGGAAGCAAUGGAGACAUCGGUGCAUAUGUUGCCAAAGUAUUACCUGGAGGAGCAGCAGAACAGACGGGGAAGAUUGUGGAAGGAAUGCAAGUUCUGGAGUGGAACAACAUUUCCUUGAGUGGUAAGACGUACGAGGAGGUGCAAGGGCUGGUUGGUCACCAGGUUGGAGAGGCCGAAUUAUGUAUCAGACUUGACAUAAAUAUGCUGUCUGAUUCUGAUAGUUCCCAUCUAGACCUGCAAGACCAGGUCAAAGGAGACAGACCUCCGCGGUCACCAGGUGUGGACCCUAAGCAGCUGGCUGCCGAGCUGCAGAAAGUGUCCCAGCAGCAGGUGCCGUCCUCCUCUGCAUCAGCACUGGAUAAACCCUCAGCGUCUGCAGGCUCCAGUGCAGUUCCCAGUCCUGGCCAGCCUGGUUCACCCUCUGUCAGCAAGAAACGCCACAGCAAGAGCUCAGAGGGUGCAAAAACUCAGUCCCACCCAGUUUCGGGAGAAAUCCAGCUUCAAAUAAAUUAUGACAAACAGCUGGGAAAUCUCAUCGUCCAUGUUCUCCAAGCACGAAAUCUGGCGCCUCGGGACAAUAACGGCUACUCUGAUCCAUUCGUUAAAGUUUACUUGCUGCCAGGUAGAGGUCAGGUCAUGGUUGUGCAGAAUGCCAGUGCUGAAAACAAAAGAAGGUCCAAGCAUGUUCAGAAGAGCCUGAACCCGGAGUGGAACCAGACUGUCAUCUACAAAAACAUCCACCUUGAACAGUUGAGAAAGAAGACACUGGAGGUCAGCGUGUGGGACUACGACAAGAGCUCUGCCAAUGACUUUUUGGGAGAGGUAUUAAUUGACCUGUCCAACACGGCACAACUGGACAACAUCCCACGCUGGCUUCUUCUGAAGGAGCAGAGCGAAGGCGAACAUCACCGGCGCUCUCACUCGGGACAAGGACGCCAGCAUUCGCCCAAACCCCCUGGAGGACACGGGAGCCAGCAUUCCCCAAAGACCUCUGGACACAGCAAGGAGGACUCGCCCAAAUCCUCGGUCAUCAAAAGCCGUAGUCACGGAAUCUUCCCUGACCCUGCCAAGGACACGCAGGUGCCCACUAUUGAGAAAUCUCACAGUAGCCCCAGCUCUUCGAAGCCAUCCCUCUCUGAGGGUCAAGCCCGUCCCCAUGGAGGUCCCCGUGCUCAUGGCAAAAGUGGCACGGCCCGGGCACACCUUGACGAUUCCACAGCAAUGGCUGAAGCUGCCGGCCAACAGCCCCGUCUCCAACCAACCCAAAAUGACAACCUCGACCCGAGGCACCACAGGCACAGCGUAGUUGGUGUGCUCACCAUUCAGAGAGCCCCAUCUGAGUCGCCGGCCCAUGAGGUCCCUGACGGCCGUCACCUGACCCUCAGGAAAGCCCUGUCUGAAGAGAGGCCGCAGCCGGACGGAGCGUCUCGCAGCCAUAGAUCUGGUGAUGCUCCUGUUACUGCAGCCUCAUUGGACAGCGGUCUGAGCGGCAGUGCCUUUAGCCUAUUGGAUGAAGAGGGCGGGACAAACGCGGUGGAUAGUGCAAUUUUCCAGGUUCCCAGAUUUGGAAAGAUUCCAAACGGCACAGAAGCUGUGAAAUCCGCUCAUGGAGAUGCAGAGGGUAAGACUCAGGUGAUGGGAGAGAUAAAGAUUGCCCUGAAGAAGGAGAUGAAGACAGAGGGAGAACACCUGGUGCUUGAGAUCCUACAGUGCAGAAACAUCACCUACAAAUUCAAGUCUCCCGACCACCUCCCAGACCUGUACGUGAAGCUCUAUGUGGUGAAUGUGGCCACUCAGAAAAGAAUCAUCAAGAAGAAGACCAGAGUGUGUCGUCAUGAUCGCGAACCAUCUUUCAACGAAACCUUCCGCUUCUGCAUGAACCCCACAGGUCACUCCAUUCAGCUCUUUCUUGUUUCAAACGGAGGCAAAUUCGUAAAGAAGACCCUAAUCGGCGAAGCGUACGUGUGGCUGGAUAAGGUAGACCUGCGUAAACGGGUGGUGAGCUGGCACAAGCUGCUGGCCAGCACAGCUCAGAUCCACUCCUAAAGAAGGCGGUCGAAUGAGGCGCGAGGACAGACCAGGCACAUCUCUGCCGCACUCUUUGGGACUAAACUGAGCUGAAUUUGGAGGGCCGACACGGGGAGAUUCCCGAUUGCACUGGCACGCGUGAUUGUCUUAACCCAAGCCAUGGAGAAACAGGUGUACAAUGGUGUUUACAGGAAAGAUCUGAUCCUGAAAGAUGCAGAUCUGAAAAAAAAGUGAGCUGGAGAUUCCCGUAAUAUUCAUACAAAUGUGUACAUGCACUUUCACAAUCACUUACUGGUGUAUCUAUAAUAAUAUGUGUACAUUGGGCCACGACAGACCGUUAGCGAACGUUUAUUUGUUCCCAGUAAUUUGUGCAUUAUUCAUAAAGGAUUAUUUAACAGACAGAUAUCAUAUAUAUACAAAUAUCUUAUUUUUGUAUGAUAGAGACGAUUCCGUUUUAGAUAUUUAUCCUUCUUUUACAUUCCCUCAGAUGUUAUUGUGUUGAACGAAUAUUUAAGCACAUUAUCAAUGGAUUAGAAGAGUAUUUUAUGGUAUAUUAUAGACAGAUUUAAACGAAUGAAAUAUGAUUUAUUGGGUGUUGUGAUGACUCUUUGUGUCAGUAUGGUUAUUUCCACUCACACAAGUAACACUUUGGUCUUUGGCUGAGCGAUACGGAUUUCAUCAGCGGAUUCAGAGAGAAUCAGGAUGAUUACAAGUACCCAGCAAGCAUUUUCGUGUUCAAAAGAUGUCUAAUAGAUGUCUAAUAGACAUCUAAACAUAGUCAUCUUGGCUAAAACCAGGCUAAAAUUUGGGCUGUCAGUGAAAAUCUAAUAAAUGUCUAAGAAUACUAGUCAUCAAAUAAACAGAAAUGAAUGAUUACACAUAUAAAGUCUGUCUUAUCUGUCUAUUUGACGACUAGUCUAGUUUUGGGCUAUUCUUUGAUGUCUAUCAGAUUUUCACUGACAGCCCAAGAAUAGCCUUGUUUUAACCAAGCUGUCUACGUUUAGAUGUCUAUUAGACGUCUAUUAAAUACAAAAUUGUUUGCUGGGUAAUAUAAACGUUUAAGAAAACUGCCAGUCUCGCAACGAAAGUGAACGGGAAGUCUUGUUUGAUGAAUGUGACAGAUGAAAUCUCUCUUGUAUGCAGCAGAAUCAGUUGAAAAUGUCAAAUCCAGCACUGUUAUAUGAUUUGCACUUUGAGUCUAGCAUUUUAUGAAUGUAGUUUGCUAGCUUUUUUUCUUUUUUUAGUAGUUUUCAUCAAAAAAUAAAGAGAAAAUCAAGAAAUAUCCUGCCAUUUAAAUCAGUCAAGCACUGUUAAAACCUCCACAGAUGGAUUAGAGCUCGAAUGGAGCUCCAAUGGGUCAAUGUCAUGUCUUGUCCGGACGUUUUCAUAUCACAAUGUUAAUAUUAGCUUAUGUUUUAUGGAAAACAAACUCCUAAACACUCAGGUUUCGAUGUAAAAGCCUUGCUUAAACGUUAUUAGCCGAUCUCUGCUCUAAGCAGCUUAAAAGGCGACAAUGAGGAUCAGGGUGAAGACAUCACAUCAUUUUGAGUUUACACACAUUUUGACACACGUUCAUCUCAUAAUUUCAGAAAAGUGUGGCCACCUCAGACACUGAAAUGCCAUUAGCGUUAUGUAUAUGUUUUUUUUUUUUUAUUAUUAUGCCUUUAAACAGGAUGUGUGGAUAUAACCUUGCAAAACGUAACCCAGCCAUUUUACAAGUCAAGCACUUAAGGUACACAAAAGUCCAGCGUUAAGGGUUAAAUCGACCUUUAACCUGUGCCAAACUACCAAAACCCGCAGGUUCUGUGUAUGUUAUUCUAUGCAACCCAAAAGGCAUCUGUUGUACUUAUCAUUUAAUUGUCGUAAUGCAUUAUGAUGACUUUUAUUUU